CGCCCCGCCCCAUCAUGCACCGCGAGCGCGGCCACGCGCGCCGCCCGCACCGAGCCGCCGUGCGGGCUCCCGGGUGAAGGAGAGACGGUUCGGCAACGGGGCCGGGGAGCGCCGGGAGGCGGCGGCGGCCCGGAAGGCUGGCCCGGGGUGCCAUGGCAGCCUCCUCCUCAUCCUCCUCGGCCGGCGGAGUCAGCGGCAGCUCCGUGACGGGCUCGGGGUUCAGCGUGUCGGACCUGGCGCCGCCCCGCAAAGCCCUCUUCACUUAUCCCAAAGGAGCUGGGGAGAUGCUGGAAGAUGGCUCUGAGAGGUUCCUCUGUGAGUCUGUGUUCAGCUUUCAGGUUGCAUCCACACUGAAGCAAGUGAAGCACGAUCAACAAGUCGCAAGGAUGGAAAAACUUGCCGGUCUGGUGGAAGAGCUGGAGGCAGAUGAGUGGAGGUACAAGCCAAUAGAGCAGCUCCUGGGAUUCACUCCCUCCUCAGGCUGAGCGUGUCUGGAUCGCUGCUGUCAGGGAGCAGAAGAAAAACGUUCCCUGGCCUGGCUUCAAAACACCCCCCAUCUAUCAGAUGCUGACAGCUGCAUCGGCAGGAUGGGGCUUUGGGUUUUUUUUGAGAGUGGGGAUCCCCAGUAAAGCUGCCAAUAAACGGAAAUGACGAGAUUCUGUAGGUCCUUACAGGCUGGCAGGGCUUGGUUUCUGUAACUUAGAAGGCAGGAUCAGCUGUGCAGCCCCUGGAUAAUCUCUGUGUUGUUUACAGAGGGGGGCACAGGGACAGUGUGGGGAGGGCGACCUCGUAACUCGGCCCGGGUUCCCGCUGGAGCGCAGCCGGAGCGCUGGGUGAGCGGGGAAACCCUCUGGAGCAAAUGCCAGAAGCCCUCCUCAGCCCCUGCCGUCCUUCUGGGGGAUGGACACAAACUGUCCCAGCGCUGGGUGAGGGGCCAGCGGUGUCACCUCCUCCAGCAGUGCCUCGGCCAUUGCCCGAGCCGUUCCCUCUUCAUCGCCGUUUCUCUGGUAGCGCUGGCAGGACACCGCUCGGUCUUUUAAUACCCUGAAACUUUGUCCUCUUUGUUCUGUGUUAGAUUUCUCUGUGACAAUAAAAUAACUCUGUCUUUGAAA